AGUUGUUUCACUCAACUGAACCAGUUAGAAACUCAGCUCCCAAACGAAGACGCUUUUUGUCCUCCGAGACAGAACGCGAGACGACGAGAAAAUGCAGUCCGUACGGAAAUUCAUCGCCGGUGGCCACCGGAUCGGAGUUCGAUGCGUUUCGACCGCCGAUUCUGCUUCUCUCAGAAAGAGCGUUGUUUCUUUGUUGGAUUCCCUUUCUCUCAAACCAGGUGCAACGCUGGUGCAGAAUUGUGGGGACAGUGAUAUUGGGAAGGUUGUGGUUCAGGUGGCGAAAGAGCGGAACCUUCAGACCGUAAGCAUAUUCGAAGACAAGCCGGGGAGUCCUGAUAUCAUUGAAGAGCUCAAGGCACUUGGUGGGGAUAUAGUUGUCCCUGAAAGUUACACAAAGACAUGGUAUAUGAAGCGUUUAGCUGGUGAGCUAAGACCAUCAGCAGGUCUGAAUUUCAGUGAUGGGUCCCAAGCAACUGCAGUAUGCAAAGCAGUGACGAGUGGGGGAACAUUUCUUACUUAUGGAAAGAAGUUACCCAAGUAUGUGGCCUACGAUGGAGCAGCUCAUAAACCAGUUGAGUGGGAUGCUUUCCUCAAGCAAAAGAAUCUGAAAGUGCUGAACUUCUAGGAAAGAAACUGGAAGUUGUCCCAAUGAGCAGUGGUAUUUUGUUCACCUUUUCAUUCUGAUAAGUUCCUUGCAUUUUUAGACUUGUUAUGUGGAGAAUGUUUUUCCACAUGAAAUUCUUCCAAAGUGUUUUUCCUAAUCCCUGUUAUUUUCAUUUUGAAGAAGCCUAAAUUAUGCUUGCAGAAAGCUUCUAAAGAGGGGGGGUCUUUAUUCUCCUAGUUGUAGGCCCGUGUGAUCUGCAAGUGAGCAACUUUGUAUUUCAUAAAUAAUCGUUCUCGUUUGAUAACAGACUUAAUUGUUCUUACCAUGUCACAA